AAUCCGCCAACCUAAGAACGGAAGUGGCUAGAGAGACCUUUUGUUGCACAAACAACAAUUUGAAAUCUGAACAGAAUACCUUUCACCUGCAGAUUUGUGUACUUUAACUGGGAAGCAUCCUCAUGGCAGUGAGACGGGGACACAUCAGAUACCUUAAAGUGUGUGAGGUACAGUGUCAGUCAGGGGACAGACAGGAGAAACAGCAGCAUGGCAACAAAAAUGCAGUUAACAUAAAGCAAGAAGUCUAUGACAACGGUUAUGAAGACCACAUGGGAGAUGAACACAAAGAUGCAAAAACCAACCUUAUUGUGAAUUACCUGCCUCAAAACAUGAGCCAGGAUGAGCUGCGGAGCCUGUUCAGCAGCAUCGGGGAGGUGGAGUCUGCCAAACUCAUCCGGGAUAAAGUGGCAGGUAAUCCAUAUAACAGAAGCCAGAGCCACAGUUUAGGUUACGGAUUUGUUAACUAUGUUAACCCUAUUGAUGCAGAAAGGGCAAUCAAUACCCUCAAUGGGCUGAGACUACAGUCUAAAACUAUCAAGGUAUCAUAUGCCAGGCCAAGCUCCGACACUAUAAAAGAUGCCAAUCUAUACAUAAGUGGCUUGCCCAAAACUAUGACCCAGAAAGAUGUCGAGGACAUGUUCACACGCUAUGGUCGAAUCAUCAAUUCGCGUGUGUUGGUUGAUCAAGCCUCAGGCCUUUCCAGAGGCGUGGCAUUUAUACGGUUUGAUAAGAGGGCUGAAGCAGAAGAUGCCAUCAAGGACCUGAAUGGACAGAAACCCCCAGGUGCCUCAGAGGCCAUCACCGUGAAGUUUGCUGCGAACCCCAACCAAGCAAAGAACUCGCAGCUCCUUUCCCAACUCUACCACAAUCCGUCCCGCCGUUUUGGGGGCCCGGUGCACCACCAGGCCCAAAGGUUCAGGUUCUCCCCCAUGAGCGUUGACCACAUGGGUGGCAUGUCUAACGUUAGCGUGCCAGGGAACGCCACAGCCGGCUGGUGCAUCUUCAUCUACAACCUCGGCCAGGACGCAGACGAAGGCAUUCUCUGGCAGAUGUUUGGCCCUUUUGGCGCAGUCACCAAUGUCAAGGUCAUCCGUGACUUCAACACUAACAAAUGCAAAGGCUUUGGCUUUGUUACCAUGACUAACUAUGAAGAGGCUGCAAUGGCCAUUGCAAGCCUCAAUGGCUACCGUCUGGGAGACAAGAUCUUGCAGGUGUCUUUUAAAACCAGCAAGGGUCAUAAGUAAUCAAAGUGGUUGGGAAAGUAUUACUUUUUUUAUAUUUGACAUCAAGGGGAAAAUAUGGAUGACCUAUUCAGGUUGGUUGUGUAUUAUAUCUGUCACUUCAGUUCUGUCACAGACAGUAAAGUUCUUAUACUUUAGGUUGAAUGGGAUGAUUGGAACAAUUUGAAGCUUAUAGCUGUCAGUUCAGGUGGAUUCUAAAGUGUACAGAAAUGUUUUUGACCCAUUCUUGGACUAUUUUAAAAAGCAUCUUGCUGUUCUGGUCCAUGGUAUAAAAAAGAAGUGUGUGGAAAUGUCCUUGUCGUGUAAAUUUAGAUAUUUUUUUGGUUAUUUUUGUCUGAUGUAUGUGUUUUUUUUUUUUACCUUGCGAAACCUACCUGGUCUUGUGCUAUUCUGCACCUAAAACUAGACAUUAAUUUCUAUCUAUAUUGCUCCUGAUUUGUGACAUGAAAGCCAAAAUCUGUGUUAGAUCUAACAUGUUGUAAAUGUUUCAAUAUGCUGCCCAUGGGUACAGAUUGUCUUGCAUAUACUUCUUGUAUACACUUCUGUCCAGUUUUAUUUCAAAUUUUGGAACAUGAGAAUUGGAAGCACGUAUACAGUAGUUUCCAUUAUAAUUGUUUUUCAGUCUGUUCUUUUCAAAUUGCCUUCAAACUUCAGCUAUGUUUUGUUUGUGUUUCUGUAGCUGAGUGUGGUUUGUUGUACUCUAUAGUUCAGAUACUAUUAUAUGCUCAUGGUAGUAGCCUUGAGGGAGUUGUUCAUCUUUUUAAAUUCACAGUUUUAAAUCCUUUAAGUGAAAUGCUGGACAGACUUGUUAUAGCAGUGGCACGUUUACGUGGAAUAGUGCCCUUUAUUUGCAUGAUCCAUGUUAAGUUUGAAGAAAGUUUCAUUUUAACUUUUUAUUUUUAUCAUUUUUUUAGUUUGGCAUGAUGUAAGUGAUGUCUUCUGACUAUCAAUUGGCUUCUUUUUAAGAAACAAAUCUGUAAUUUGCUUGAACUACAACGAGGUACUUCGACAAAUGAUGCCACGCUACUACUAGUAUUGUACUAGUUUUUCUUUUCAUUUCUUCCAAGAGGCCACAUGUAUGGUAAAGUGUGCUGGGUCCAUCUGGUUUAACAAUUUUGUGUAUGUAUUGAUUGUUUCUGAACUUCAACCAGCGAACCACAAUGUAAAUGGUAAGCAAAGCUGUGUCCCCAAGAUAUUGCAAAUCCACAGAGCAACUGCAUACAUCUUGCUCCCACAUUACAAAGAAUAAACUAUUCUCCCUUCUUGUGA